GCGAAAGUGAGCAUAUGAUCUGCAAAAAAAUCAAAAACGUUUUUGAGAGCGAUAUUCAUCAACCUUCGAACAGUUCACCUUCACGUGUUCAGCAGGGUCACCCCGGUGAAAUUGGACCGAAAGGUGAAGUGGGACCACAGGGCCCCUCUGGAAAUCGUGGACCGAUUGGCGUCGUCGACUACGAACUUGUAAACUCGACUACAAGAGAAAUAGUUUCUAAAGCUAUUUCGGACUUACACGAAAAAAUGCAACGAGAAUGGAAUGAAAAACUUGGAAGACAAGAUGAAAAAUACCAAUCUAUUGUGGCAAGUUUGAAACAACCAUUAGGUCCCUGUGUAAUAGCUUUUGGUGGAAUUUGCAGUUUUAUCUUGAAAGGAGGAUGGAAUUGGUCAACAUCCCUAUUGAAAUGCACUAACGUAGGCGCGCACCCAGCUGAUAUUUUUGACAAAGAGCAUUUGAACUUACUGAAGAAUUAUAUAAGAAAAAUCGCAAUGUUGAAAACUGACAGCUGGGUGGUGUAUUACACUGGGAUGCAGUACAACGUGCAGACAAAACAAUCAAUACUUUACAAUGGGGCCAACGGUGGUUAUGUAGAAUGGUAUCCAGGUGGCAUUGAACCACAAAGUUUAUCGGAAGACCAUCGUGUUGUUCUUGGAGUUCGUAAAGAUGAAACUCAGAAAGAAGGGAUGUUCACCCGCAUGGAAACGAAAAGCUAUCAUGGAGUUAUUUGCCAGUUUGAGAUUUGAUAUUUACAUAAAUAUAAUAAUGCCAUCUGCACUAUACGUUCCAAACGGGACCAAGGACACGCAGAUGGGGACACCCAUACCCCUAUAGAACAACAACAGCAUCUAGAAAUACAAUUCACAAGUACAAUUUGCGUUCGAAAGUCUUCCCUUUUACCUUUUUCGGUUAAUUUUAUGCUAUGACGCGGAUAUAAUACAACUUUUCACUUUUAAUCAGUUGUUUCUUGACUAUACAAAAUUAAAAGUUUCCAAAUUACUUUAUGUAUAGAUUAUAUAGAAA